GUGACGUCUUCAGUCAUCUGGGGUGAUUACGUGUAAAGUCUCUUGUAUGAGCUGUAGCUCGCUGACUAGCACUGGCUAGCAUCCCGUUGGAAACACAAAGUCUAUAGCUCAUAUUACGGACUGCCACGGCUCCAGCCUUCCUUUCGGUGUUUGUAGAGAGCAAAAAAGGGCAUUUCACGCUCGAGAACCUCACGAAGUGACUUUUAAUCGAAGUGAAAAUGAUUUAGCAGUAUGGAAGUACUAUCAGGAACCUCCUUCAGGUGUUACUGCAUAGGGAAGUGGUGCUGUCUGAGGCGACACAGCAGGGAGCCUUAAACUCUGAGCACUAGGUGAAGAAACUGAACUGCACCCAAGAAGAGAAACUGAAAGAAGAAUAUGUUUGCUAAGCUGAAGAAGAAGAUUGCAGAGGAGGCGGCCACAGCACCUCGGAGUGGUGUCCGCAUACCCCGUACCAUCAGCAAGGAAUCUAUCACCUCAGUGGGAGCAGACUCCGGGGAUGACUUUGCAUCUGAUGGCAGCAGCUCCAGGGAUGACCUUCCUGCCCAGCUCCUCAGAAGAAAUGAUCAGAUCCGAAGGCUGGAGGCCAAGCUGUCAGACUACGCUGAGCAGCUACGAAUUAUGCAGAAGACCAAGGAGAAGCUUGAAAUUGCAUUAGAAAGGCAUCAGGAUUCAUCCAUAAAGAAACUUCAGGAACAGAAUGACUCUCAUCAGGCCAGCAGAGCCAAAAUGGCAGAGGGGAUGGCUUUAGCGUUGGAGAAGAAAGAUCAGGAGUGGAUGGAGAAAAUGGCCAAUUCAGAGAAAGAGAAGGCUGCCCUGUCAGCUCGGCUAGAGGAGAUGAUGGAACAAAGCUUAGCACUCUUUCAAAAAAGGGACGACCUGGAUGAACUGGAGGGCUUUCAGCAGCAGGAGCUCGCUAAAGUUAAACACAUGUUGCUAAGGAAGGAAGAACUGCUGAGCCAGCGAGAGCGGGAACUUCAGCAGAAGGAGGCUGAUAUUCAGUCGGCAAAGCGAGGGCUGGCCGAGGCUCGGGGGAAGCUCCAGACUCUGGAACGGCAGCACGAGGAGAGCUGCAGACUCAACUCUGAGCUGGAGAUAGAGCGAGAAGAGCUGCUGCUGCUCAGAGAGGAGGCUGACAAGAAGGUCGGAGAGCUAGAGGGACAAUGCCAGGAGCUGCAGUCGGUCAUCCAGCAGGUUUCUGAAGACUUCCAGAAGUCACAGAGUAUGGUUUCCACGUUGGAGAAGUCCCUCCAUGAAUUACAGACAGAACAUGAUGCUCUGAAGCUGCAGCAGCAAAAGGCGGCUGUGACAGUGGAGGACAAGGAACGCUUGUUGGUGGAUCUUCAGAAGAAAGUAACAUCGUUGGAGAGACGUCUGCGGGGGAACCUGAGCCAGGAUGAGCACCUACAGGAGCUGCUGCAGGAGAAAUCUAGUCUGGAGCAAAGUCUGGACGAGACGAGAACAGAGCUGCUGGCUGUCCGGACAAACCACGCUGAUACCGUCAGCUCUCUGGAGGCUCAGGUGUCGAGGAUGAGUGUCACUAUUACUGAGCUGCAGACUCUUCUGCGACACAAAGACGACUCGUCCAGGGCCUACAGAGAGAGGACAGACACACAGAUAGCUCAGCUGGAGCAGCAGGUUGUAGAGAGCAGUGAGAGGCUGAGCAGUGCACAGCAGCAGAUCGCAGAGAAGCAGCAGAACAUGGAGAAACUGCAAGGAGAGCGGAGUGCAGAGAAGGCCUUUCUGGAUCAGCAGCUGUCUUUGUUAGAGCAGCAGAGUCAGGAGAAGAUGAGCCGGCUGGAGGACUGCAUCACCUCUUUACAGAAGGACAAACAGACACUACAGAGCAGGCUGGCUGAUCUGGACAAGCGGAUGAAUGAGGUGGACUCUGUUCUGAAGCAGCGGACAGAAGAACUGGAGCAGUGCAGGGUGGAGCUAAACAGUCGACAGACGCUGAGCACGGAAAUCGCCAAGGCUCUGGAAGAAACCAGACGACAGAAGGAGGGCCUGCAAACACAGGUUGCAGAGCUGAGUGCGGCUCUACAGAGCUCACAGCAGGAAGUGACCACUGUCACCGAGAAGCUAGCACUCAGAGAGGAUGACAUCAGAUCACUCCAGAAUGAGGUGCAGGGGCGACAGGCAUCCCUGGUGGAGGUGCAGGAGGAGGCUGAGCGGCUGAGAGCCCAGCUGGAGCAGGUGGAGCUGGACAAAGACUCCCAGGUCACCAGCCUGAAGGAGGAGCUGCUCACACAGACUCAGCAGCUGGACAGCUGCCAGGCUCGGAUCUCCUACCUGGAAGUAGAGGUGGAAACCCUGACCGAGCAGCUUCACAGUCAUAGUGUAGUCUGUGAGGAGGAUCAGAACGGCAGUGUGACCGUGGAUGACCUGGAUCACAUCCAGAAAGUCAACAAAGAGCUGGAGCAGGAGCUCAGUGACAAGAACAGGACCAUAAAGCAGCUGCAGCAAAGACUGGCAGAACUGAAGAGGACUUUGCAGAAAGAACUGAAAUUAAAACCCGAGUCAGAAGCUGAAGGGAAGGAGAAGCCAACUGAAAGCAGAGCAGAGAAACCAGAGAGAGUUUGUCCUGACCCUGCACCUGCACCUGCAUCCACCCCGAGUCCCCCGACCUCCAACACCACAGUGACCAACACCUCUGACCUCAAUGACUCAAGAGAAAUUAAUUUUGAGUAUCUCAAGCACGUCGUCCUCAAGUUCAUGUCAUCCAGAGAGGCAGAGGCAUACCAGCUGAUAAGAGCUGUAUCUGUGCUGCUGAACUUCAGUCGAGAGGAAGAGGACAUGCUGAAGCAGACUCUGGAGUACAAGAUGUCCUGGUUUGGAUCGAAGCCUUCUCCAAAGGGAAUCGUCCGGCCUUCUAUCUCAGGAUCAGCUCAUUGGAGCUGAUUUUACAGCAGAAAGAGCUGAAGUGAUGAAGAGACUGAGAAAAAGACAGAGUACCUUCUUCCUGUCUAGCUCCCAACACUGAGCAGGACUCCAGCCUCCCAGUUUUUCUCUGGCUCUGUGGGAGGUGCUGAUGUGCGGACAGAGGAGGGGCUGCACAUCAUCAUUUAGGGACGAAGGCUUACUCAUAAUCAGUGGUGAUUUUUAAAUGACAGUUUUGAUUUUUCUUCAAUCAUAUGACACUAAUCUGAUGUUUUCUUGUCAGCAAAAAGUGAGUUACUAUGUGAGACAGUGAGACAUCACACAGAAGUAACACUAUGACUGUUAUUUUUGGGAUCGCCUCGUUUCUGUCCUUUCUGUUGGAGCAAACAUCAGCGUGACAUGAAGCGAUCUUGUUCACUGGACAGCUAGUUUAGUCUUUGGUUGCUGAGGGUCCUUUAGCUUGUUGUUUAUCACUUAAUUUUAAAUCACAGAGGGCUUAUUUAAUGAAAACGUGUCACUUUACUGACCUGUACAGUUGGCUUUAGUAUCAAUGAGUUUAUUUCAUGGUAUAUAAAUGGUUCACACUGGUGUCAAAGGACCAGCUGUUCUCACAUUCAAGAAUGCUGCAUUGGAAUCUGAAGAGUUAAUCGGGGACCAGGUGUUUGGGUUUAAUGGAUUCAUUUUGCUUCUCUGGUUAUUCACUUGUUGUUAAUCCUCCAUUAACAGCUUUCCUUUGAGGACCUGAUAGCCACCACUCCAUUUCUCUGCCACUGAAGAAGUUUUUGGUCAAUUGAGUCACCCAGAGACCGAGAGAAAUAAAACACAACCAGUUCAAAAAUUGGUCACAUAAAUAUAGAAAUUGCUCUAAUUAAUCAAUACUUUCAUUUGUUUUUUUAAAAUUUGCUUUUAAUAAUUUUUGUUGUAAAUUGUUAAUGACAAACUUUAAAGGUGAAUUAAAUGGCCUCCUGUGGUCUACCUGCAGUACCUGCUUUGCCGUCUAAGGUGCAACAAACCACACUUUGGGACUCAACAGUUAAAGAAAUCAAGGCUGUGAUCAAUGUCCAAUAUGAUCAUCAUAAUCUAAAUUUUUCCUAAUAGAUGCCAAUGCUGACAUUUCUCCAGCUACCAUGCAUGGUGAAAUGUAGUCGCUCUCUGUACUGUGGUGAAUUAGAGAUUUAAGAUCACCUGUGUAAUACCAAUAUGUGCCACAGUGUGGUGCAGUCACAUUCUGAUUUACAGAGGCAGCCUGGGAAAGAAAACUGAUCUGUUUCAGAUCAUUGUGUGUGUUAUUAUGUGAAAGCUGUUUGAUACUCAGAGUACGAUCUCUACGGGCUGUUUUUCUUUUUCUCUCUCCUUUAACACCAGUGUGAAAAAUAUACACUGUAUAUAAAUUCAACUGAAAUAAUACAAAUGUGGUCAAAGUUUUCAUACAUUCAUCAUGUACAUGAAGUAAUUUAUGGCUUGUAUUUCUUUGAACUAGUUUUUUUUUUUUUUUUUUUUUCCAGGGAUGAAUCAUUUUACAUCAUACAUGUUUCAUGACACAAGGAUACAGUCUCUCUCUCGCUCUCUCUCUCUCUCACUCACUCACUCACUCACUCACUCACUCACUCACUCACUCACUCACACACACACACACACACACACACACACACACACACACACACACACACACGUCUUUAUGUCUUUUAGCUUCACAGAGUCUAUUAACUUCUUGUUGGUGAUUGUUAUUGACUAAAAUUGCUAGUUUCUCUCUGUCAUCAUAAAGUUUUUGUUUGACAGCACUCACUCCAUCAUCCAUUACUAAGAAUAAUGGGAAGUCCAAGAUCGCAGAAGGAGAACUGUGAAUUUACACAAGUUGGGAACGUCUCUUGGACCCAUCCUUAAACAACUGUACUUUUUUUUUUUAAGAUCAUCAGUUCAACAACUGCACAUAAGUACAAGUUAUUCCAGUGUCUCACCACCUCACCAAUGUCUGGAAGAAGAGCCGACCUUUCAUUUUGAAAUGAGGCACAUUUGGUUAGGAAUUUCAGGAGCAACCCAGAAACCACCAAGGCUCGGGUCUGCUAUGAACUGCUGACAGCUGCUAAUAACAGCGUCCACAAUGACGUGAGUUUUACAUCGCCAUGGACUGAGAGAGUGCUGACCAAGAAAGAAGGCCCCACUCCAAAAUGGACGUCUGCAAACUUGGCUAAAAUUUGAAGGACAUGAAGGAGCCAACUGCUCUUUGGAGACAAUUCAAAAUAAAAAAAUAAUACCACCCAACAAUACAAAACCCAAUUCUUCUUCUUGUUUUGUUUUUUAAGUUAUUAAAGACAUGUACUGUAUAACCACUCCACCCUGGAAAAAGAACAGUUGAAAGAAAUUAAAGUCCAGAAUGAGAGUUUGUAAACUCCUGACCGCAGCUGUAUAUGAUAAAAAAAGGUAAAUGCUCUGUAAAUAAUGAAGGACAUGCUCUGCCUUCACCUGCCUUUGCUGAUGUAAAUCAAAGUACAUUCCACUUGGCUGUUUAUAAAGAGAAAUCUGUACAUACUGUAUGCAUUGAAAACUUUAUAAAUCAGUGGAUGUCAACAGUUUGAUGUGAUCGGUUUAUAGUAUUUAUCGUUAUCAUAGACCUGAGCCCAUACAUGUUUCUGCCCGAGCUCGUCACACUGUCCACAACGGUGUCUUGUCCUGAGUGUCAGUCAUGUGAUUUGAAGUUUUAUCUGUUGAGUUUGUAUAUAGAGAAAGCAAGAGUACAUCUUUGAAUGCAGAUUUGCCAUCAUGUUUUAUUAUUACAGGUAGCAGACUGAUGUGGUUAUGGACACUCCAUCAGCUUUUAUACUCUGAGAAUCAAAGAAAUGAUGAAUGCACUUUUGAACCUGGUUGAUUCUGCUGUGUUAAACACUCAAACAGC